AUACCGUUACGUCAUAAAAAUACAUGGGUUACAUUUCUUUACGUGUCAUAGACUUUUUUAUUUAAAUAUAGUUUUGACAGUUUCGUAUAGAAACUAAAAAUACGACUUGAAUAAAAAUGUAUCCAAAUCCUGGUUCUGAAGAUGCGAUAAAACUGUCGACCCAAAAAGUGGCGGAUUUACAAAUUUUCAAGGUAUAGGCUGUGAAGUUUGCCGCCCUUGCCUCCCAAUGUCCUAGAUUAUUUUUACAAUCAAACGAUAGAGUUGAAAUUGCACGUAAAAUAAUUUUUGGGUUAGAUUUUUGAGAAACCAUCCAUUUCGCAGCCUCCAACUGCAGGGAAGACUGGGGGGUUGACUGGGGGAAGAGGGAAAUGCAGUUUUUGAAAUUUCGCGGGUAUAAUCGUCGUUAUAGAUAUAGUUUAGCGACUCGCAACAGCUAGUUAAUAAUAAUAAUAAAUUGUUUAUUUGCAAAGAAAGUGGACCAUAUAUUGUAUAUGAUGUAUCAUAAAUGCAUAAGGAGCCCUGAGAUAUUACGCCUUAUUAAUUGUUGACGAUUUAUAAAUAACUUUAGCACGAUCGAUUGAGGUGCCUUGUCAGAGAUUAUAGCAUCCAGGCUCGCGCAUGCAUUUUAGGAUUUUGACUGAAGUCUAGAUUCCUACUUUUCGUUCGAGGCCGACCUAGCAGACACGUAUUUAUUGUUCAAGUGUUUUUGUGUGAUAAAUUAUGGAUGUUUAUUUCUUCAGUGCUCCUCUCUAAUUCGGACUCGACAUAUCGAUCGGUUGAGCUACGUUGUCAGGGGCAACGAGCCAGUUGCAUCCCUACCCGGGCCGCGCAUGCGCUGUAGGCAUCUAACAGAAUUCUAUUUUUGUGACAAUGUCAAUGACGGAACAAGAGCCUGUGCCUGAGGAGAUUUCAUUUCCUCUGGGAAAAUUGACAAACUUAGAAAAAAAAAUUACAAGUUGUGUUGUGCCCGUGCUGCCUGAAGAGGAGUUAGAGAGUUUACUGAUUGCUGCGACAGAGCUUGCAGCGAAAGGUGAAGAUGUUAAUGACCCAGGCUGUCAGCGUUUCUACAAUGACGCACUCACAUUAUCAUUUAUAAAGAUUCUUACUGAUGAUACAGUACCAUCAUGGAAUGAAAAUAUCCAACAAUGUGUGCGUUCAAACUGCGAGAAACUUGUUAAAUUAUGUGCCAUGAAACUUGAUGAUCCUAUAUUCUUGAAUCUUCUUACUAUGGCAUUAAAUCCAUACAAUAAGUUUCACACAUUUAACGCGUCAAAAACAUGUGAAGGCCUAACAACACCGGCCAGCGGUCAAGAGUCUACUCAAAAAAUAGAUGUUUAUGCUCAGUCAGGAGAUCACGGGUCACCACGAGGAUGGCUAGUUCAUCUGAUUAAUGUUUUUGGCGAAGCCGGUGGGUUCGAUAAAAUAAUGGAAAGAUUUGAAAUCAUAGUGGGUUUCAAAAAGACAGAAUUGGCAACAUCCGUGAACAACGAAGAAGAGGAUAGUGAGGAUCAGAAGAUGGAUGUCAUCGAGAGUGAGGAUCAGAAGGUGGAUGCCACCGAGAGUGAGGAUCGACAGGUGGAUGUCACCGAUAGCAUGAUCAGCAGUCCUGAGAGUUCGUUAUCGUCUCGCUUUGAGCCGCCUUCUCUAGAGAUGUCCACGGGUGGAAACAAAGUUAUGGCUAUAUGGAAUUUACUGAAGCCGCUAGCACAUUGCCACGAUCUACUGAUGCCUUACCCUGUUACUUUUUGUCUUUUUCCAAUUCUACGAAGUGUCCUAGACCUUGUAGAACGUCAGACUGAAAACGUUUUGACACGCGAUCCUCGAGUGGCCGAGACACUGAACUGUUACAACCUACUUAAAUCUUUUGAAAUACGCCUUAUUGAAAGUCUCGGUCCAAUAGAUGAAAACACAGACAAUGAUCAGGAUGUUAAUGAAGAAAUAGGUCCUAACAGUGAACUGAUUGAUGUUGAGGUUCCUACCAACACAGCUCCAACGGGUGGUGCUGAAAGCCUAAGUGCCCCUAUAAGCAAGGAGACCGAUCAAUCUAUUGAAAUGCCAGGCAUUAAAGCCACAGUACUAAAAGGUCAUGAGUCUGAGGCGUUUGUUUGUGCUUGGAAUCCUAGCACGGAUCUAUUAGCAAGUGGUUCUGGAGAUAGCACAGCCAGAAUUUGGGAUAUGUCUGAUAAUAAUCCAACAAGUAUUCCAAAUCCACUUAUAUUGAAGCACUGUUUUCCAAGAAAAGAACCAGAAGUACACACUUAUCGGGACGUCACAUCACUUGAUUGGAAUUGUGCUGGUGAUCAAUUAGCUACUGGUUCUUACGAUGGCUAUGCCCGUAUCUGGUCAACCGAUGGGAAACUUAUCUCAACAUUAGCUCAACAUAAAGGACCAAUUUUUGCUUUAAAAUGGAAUAAAAGCGGCAAUUAUAUAACGAGUGCAGGAGUUGACAGUACAACUAUUAUCUGGGACGCAGGGUCAGGUCAAUGCAUUCAACAGUUCCGCUUCCAUAAAGCACCAGUGCUAGAUGUAGAUUGGCAAACUAAUACCUCAUUUGCAUCCUGUUCAACAGACCAGAUCAUUCACGUGGGUCAACUGAAUGUUCAAAAGCCAAUUAAGAGUUUCUUAGGUCACACAAAUGAAAUUAAAUCUAUCCAAUGGGAUCCCCAAGGACAGCUUCUUGCAUCUGGUUCUGACGAUAGAACUUUAAAAAUUUGGUCGAUGGAUAGAGAUACCUGUGUCCACGAUUUACAAGGUCAUUCUAAGGAAAUAUACACCUUAAGGUGGUCACCCACUGGACCAGGGACUCAGAACCCCAACAUGAACUUGAUGAUAGCAAGUGCCUCUUUUGAUUCCACUGUGCGUCUUUGGGAUGUGGAGACAGGUGCAUGUGUUCACACACUCACUAAACAUAAACAAUCUGUAUUCAGUAUUGCCUUUUCUCCAGAUGGAAAGUUCUUGGCAAGUGGUUCAUUUGAUGAUUGGGUUCAUAUUUGGUCCACACGAACGGGAUCUCUUGUUCACUCAUACAAUACAACUGGGGGUAUUUAUGGGGUUUCUUGGAAUUCAACUGGCACAAAGCUUAGUGCAAGUGUUUCCGAUGGAAAUGUAUUUGUUUUGGAUUUACGCAAGCUGUAUGAUGUUAUUGGUUAAGGAUUUUAUUAAAAUAGCUUCUGGUUUUCACAUUUUGAAGAUACCACAAUUCUUUUAAAAUAAUUAAGUACUUAUUAAAUCUAUGAUAGAUACGCUAUAGGUCUACUCAUGUUAAAGGAAUUAUAUAACGUCUUUGAAACAUGUAUAAAUAUGUAGCUUAACUGAUAAAAAACUUGUGAAAUGCAUAAAUUAUAAUAUAGUAUAGCAUGCAAGUUUAGCUAAUCAAAAUACUUAUUUAGCCAUUGGGUAUGUAGUCAAGGUCUCAAUCAAAGAAAUUGUUAUAUUAAGAUAUUAUUAAGUUUAAUUUGUUAUUGUAUUACAAGAAUGUAUUAAAAAAUAUUAUUAAGUUUAAUUUGUUAUUGUAUUACAAGAAUGUAUUAAAAAUAUUGAAGUUUCGUCUGAGCAGUAUCAAAUUGUAAUGUACGUUGCGUAUACUUUGUAAAUGGAAAUAUGAAAUGACAUUAAAUAAAGAUUAAAAUUAA